UCCGAGACAUCACAAUGGUCACCACUCGCUACUCGCUUUCUUUUACUGUCUAUGCUCGCUAGAGGGAGCGCGCGCGACAUUAAUCCGGGACGUCUUGAUGACGUCACUUUCCUCUGCGACGAACUUGACGAAGCGCGGCGCUAGAAACUAGAAUGUAAACAUGAUGUUUUGGACAUGUUAGACAACACAAAGGAAGUGAUUCUCUGUGCACAGGUGAACAUGGACGUCGUGAGCCAUUCCAUUCGUGAGCGCACCAUCGCCGAGAACAGUCUGGUGAUUCUCCUGCAGGGUCUGCAUGGCCAGGUGACCACCACUGACCUGCGAGAUGAGAGCACAGCGAGGGGAUGCAUUAUUAACGUCGAUGCUUUCAUGAACAUCCGGCUGGAGAAGGUUCUGUACAGGGACAGACGUGGAUUCAUGUCCAGUAUGGACGACUUGUUCAUCACUGGCAGAAAUGUGCGUUACGUCCACAUCCCAGACCACAUGAACAUCAUAGAGACCCAGCUCGCAAAAAUACACCGUGUGCGAAACUUUGGAGCAUGCAGUGGACGCAAAGAAUACUCUAAGAACAAAUAGAUUUUCUGAUAAACUAAUGUUUGUCAAAUAGAUGGUUUUGUAAUGCACAGUUUUAUUUUUCAUUAAGCAAUGCAAUCAUGGAGCGAAAAAGGAAUAUAUAGUUAAAAUGUUACUAGUUGGUGAUCGAAAAAGCUCUGAAUAGUGUCUCUAGGACAAGUGUGGGCAAAGUUAUUUCUGUUUAUUUUGUUUUGCUCUAGUGGUUUGAAAAAACAAUAAACAGUGAAAUAAC